AUGAGUAAAGUAUACGUUAACGAAAAGACCGGAGCGGACUCUGCCAGUGCUGCGGGUUCCGAGGAACAGCCAUUCCAAACUCCAGCUUAUGCCUUAUUUGUGCAACCUGAAGCUACUGUUUUGGUUUUCAAGCAAUUGGAAGAUUCUGAAGAAUUUGGAUACGUGGAGAUUUCUGCUUCUGCAUUAAAGAAAGCCAAGAAAGGUGCUGAAUCUUUAAAGAAGAAACAAGAGAAACAAGCCCUUUUGGAUGCUCAAAAGCAACAAAAGGAAGCUGAAGCCGCUAAGAAAUUGGCUGAAUUGGAUUUGAUUGAAAUCAACGAAGAUGCAUCUUUACCUGCAGCUGUUCCAAUUAAAGUUAGAAACGUGCAAGAUCAUUUGGAAACCAGAGUUGUUGUUCAAGGUUGGGUUCAUAGAUUUAGAUUGCAAAAGGGAUUGGCUUUCCUUACUAUUAGAGAUGGUUCUGGUCUUAUCCAAGCUGUUUUGUCCGGUGAUUUGGCCAAAUGGAAGGUUACCCAACAGUUAACAUUGGAAUCAACUAUUGCUAUCAAGGGUAUGGUUCACAAGUUACCAGAAGGUAAGACUGCUCCAGGGGGAGUUGAGUUACAAGCUGACUUUUACCAAGUAAUUGGUUUGGCCCCAGCUGGUGAUGACUCCAUUACUAACAAGGUUCCAAGUGAUGCGUCUCCUUCAUUGUUGAUGGAUAACCGUCAUUUAGCAUUGAGAGGUGAUGCUUUGUCUGCCGUUAUGAAAGUUAGAGCUGCUUUGUUGAAGUCUGUUAGAAGAUUCUUUGAUGAAGAGAACUUAACCGAAGUUACUCCACCUUGUAUGGUUCAAACUCAAGUUGAAGGUGGAUCAACUUUGUUCAAGAUGAGUUACUAUGGUGAAGAUGCUUUCUUGACUCAAUCUUCCCAAUUAUAUUUGGAAACAUGUUUACCUUCUUUGGGUGAUGUCUACUGUAUCCAAGAAUCUUUCCGUGCUGAACAAUCUCAUACUAGAAGACACUUGUCCGAGUACACUCAUAUUGAAUCCGAAUUGGCGUUUAUCAGUUUCGAUGACAUGUUGAACCAUUUGGAACGUCUUUUGACCAAGUCUGUUGAAUAUGUGUUGGCUGACCCCAUUGCUGGUCCUUUGGUUAAACAAUUGAACCCCAACUUUGUUGCUCCUAAGCAACCAUUCAAGAGAAUGGAGUACAUCCAAGCAUUAGAAUGGUUGAACGAACACGAAAUUCCUAACGAAGAAGGUGAAAAGUUCAAGUUUGGUGAUGAUAUUGCUGAAGCUGCUGAAAGAAGAAUGGUCGACACAAUUGGUGUUCCAAUCUUUUUGAUCCGUUUCCCAGCUGAAAUUAAAUCUUUCUACAUGAAACGUUGUAAAGAUGAUCCUCGUGUUACCGAAUCUGUUGAUGUUUUGAUGCCUAACGUUGGUGAAAUUGUUGGUGGUUCUAUGAGAAUGGAGGAUUAUGAUGAAUUAAUGACAUCAAUGAAGAAGGAAGGUUUAGACCCUACUCCUUACUACUGGUUCCUUGACUUGAGAAAGUAUGGUACUUGCCCUCAUGGUGGUUACGGUUUAGGUACUGAACGUAUUUUGGCAUGGUUGUGUGACAGAUUCACCGUUAGAGACUGUUCUUUGUACCCCAGAUUUACCGGAAGAUGUAAGCCAUGA